GGCAGCUGGUAAUGAAAGGCUCACCCAAACCAGGGACUCAAACACUACUACCUGCCACUAUAGGUCCGUGCUGUCAGAGGAACUGCAAGGCAUAGAGUGCUCGCGAUACACUGCUGGGAAAUGGCCAAAACAUCUGACACAGCUGCCUUUUGCCGACACAGUAACUCACAGUGGCGGAUGCAGAAUAACGUGCAUGACUCUGGCGACAGCUCAGAGGAUGAAUUCUUCGAUGCACGAGAGGAGGUGGCGGAAGGUAAAAAUGCUCUUCUGCUAGGAAUGAGCACAUGGAACUCAAAUGAUUUGGUGGAACAGAUUGAGACAAUAGGAAAGUUGGAUGAUCACCAAGGUGAUAUGUACAGUGACAAUCUCAUUAGACAAGGAUGUCGUACGCAAGGAAGUAUAGAAGGACAGGAGGACAUGGAGGAAAAGUGCAAGAUUCGUGUACUUAUCUUAAUACUUCACGGAGGGAAUAUUCUGGACACUGGAGGAGGAGACCAAAGCUCCAAGGCAGCUGACGUUAAUACUUUUCAGUCAGUUCUUGAAAAGGUUACCAUGGCUCAUUUUCCAGCAGCUCUAGGGCAUUUUCUCAUCAAACUUGUUCCCUGCCCUCCCAUCUGCUCUGAGGCUUUUUCACUGGUUUCUAACUUAAAUCCGUACAGCUAUGAUGAAGGCUGUUUGAGUAGCAGUGCGGAUCAUAUUCCAUUGGCUGCACUGCCCCUGCUCGCAAUUUCUUCCCCACAAUAUCAGGAUGCAGUCACAACAGUGAUUAGUAGAGCAAAUCAGAUUUACAAUGAGUUCCUGAAGUCUGCGGAUGGGAUUGGAUUCAAUGGCCAGGUUUGCUUGAUUGGGGACUGUGUUGGAGGUAUCCUGGGAUUUGAUGCCUUGUGUUACAGCGCACAUCCGACAUGUGAAAGCCAGAACAGCAGCAGGAGGGGGAGUAUUGGCAGUAUACAGGAUAGCACGCUAUUAACAGAUGAUACUGGAUCUGACUUAAGCUCCAGCAAACGACUUAGCAAAAGCAACAUAGAUGUCUCAGGGAUUGAUGCCGAAGAGCCAAGGAAACCAUUGCCAAGGAAACAGAGUGACUCUUCUACCCAUGAUUGUGAUUCCAUUACACAGAACCAUGCUUUUCUGACAAGAAGCCACUCCAGUGCACUGAAUGAUGACCCUGAUUUACAAAGGACAAGUAGCACAAACGUACUGGAUGGAAAUCCAGUUCGAUUUGAUUUUGAUGUUUCUGACUUCUUCCUCUUUGGUUCCCCACUGGCUCUGGUUCUGGCAAUGAGGUGGACAGUACUUCCUUCAGUAGAUGCAUCCCAGCUGCGGCCUGCUUGCAGCCAGGUAUACAGCCUCUUCCAUUCCGCCGAUCCCUCUGCCUCUCGAUUAGAACCACUGCUAGAGAAAAAAUUCCACCUUCUGCCUCCAUUCCCAGUUCCAAGGUACCAACGAUAUCCUUUGGGAGACGGGAAUUCUGCUCUUCUAGCUGACCUCUUGCAGAGACAUGCAUCUCUCUUUCUGGAAACUUCGAAUGCCCCCACAUCUCCUCACACUCUACUGACGCAAUUGCAACGAGGGAUACGGAGAGGCAGUCAAACGAGCAUUACCAGCGAAAUGUCAGGAUCUUCUGAGAGUAUCUUCGCAACCAAUAUUGCGAGCAUCACUACAAAAUGGUGGGGGACAAAGAGGAUAGACUAUGCACUGUAUUGUCCUGAUACAUUAACAGCUUUCCCAACUGUGGCUCUACCACACUUGUUCCACGCAAGCUACUGGGAAUCAACUGAUGUGUUGGCAUUUGUUCUACGGCAGGUAAUGAGGUAUGAAAGUGUGAAUAUAAAGGAGAACGACAGCAAGGAUUCAUCCACGUGCAAUGAAUCAAGUCCACGGGAGAAAUGGCUUCGCAGACGAACACACGUGAAGCUUAGGAAUGUAACGGCCAACCACCGAGCCAACGAUGUUAUCACAGCAGAAGGUAGCCCUCAGAUAUUGAUGGGAAGAUUCAUGUAUGGUCCUCUAGACAUGGUCACCCUGACUGGAGAAAAGGUUGACAUUCUCCUUAUGACGCAGCCACCCUCAGGGAGGUGGGCGUACUUUGACACUGAGAUCACCAGUAACAGUGGCAGAAUCCUAUACACCAUUCCAGACGGAAAGAAGCUCAGUGUUGGUGUUUAUCCAGUGAAGAUGGUUGUAAGAGGUGACCAGACUUAUGCAGAGAGCUACCUUACAGUGUUGCCAAAGGGGAUGGAAUGUGUUGUCUUCAGCAUCGAUGGUUCUUUUGCUGCUAGUGUCUCUAUCAUGGGCAGUGACCCGAAGGUCAGAGCAGGAGCUGUGGAUGUGGUCAGACACUGGCAGGAGCUGGGCUAUCUCAUCAUUUAUAUUACUGGACGGCCAGACAUGCAGAAGCAGCGGGUGGUAUCCUGGCUGGGUCAGCAUAACUUUCCCCAGGGCAUGAUCUUCUUCUCUGAAGGCCUGGUCCAUGAUCCCCUACGACAAAAGACAAUCUUCUUACGCAAUCUCGUGCAAGAGUCUCAUAUUAAGAUCUCUGCUGCCUAUGGCUCAAUGAAGGACAUUUCAGUUUACAACGUCUUAGGAUUGCCGGCAUCUCAAAUCUACAUUGUUGGACGACCAUCAAAAAAAUAUCAGAAUCAGUGUCAGUUUCUCUCUGAAGGUUAUGCUGCUCACCUGGCCCAGCUAGAGUACAGUCAUCGCUCCCGCCCAAAGAAGAGCAACUCGCGAAUGAUUUUACGGAAGGGGAGCUUCGGCCUUUCUGCUCAACCUGACUUCCUUCGGAAAAGAAACCACUUGCGCAGGACUAUGUCAGUGCAGCAGCCUGACCCGCCAUCCUGCAACCCCAAACCCGAGCGAGCCCAGAGCCAACCAGAAUCAUACAAGGAGGAGAGACACCCCCACAGCAUAGCCUGGGCCCGGAGUGGAGGCUCCAAAUCAGAGCCAGGCGUUUGAGCAGUGUACCAUGGGCAACAGAGAGUUCCAGGCUUUGUCCAGGGUCUGAAGGUGGGCCAAGAAAAGCUGCUUGUGCAUAAUGGUCCUCAUACUUGUUCCAAAAGAUAUUGGGCUGGAAUUUCUUCUUUUGUCCAGUCAAUGGCAGGAGUGGGUUGGGCAGCAUUUCCACCUGUACAAAUGACCAGGCGUUGACCACUGCAAAUCUUCAUUUAACUAAAAGAGCCGAGGUCCCCAAGGAUUUGGAAGGUUGCCAAUGUAGAGGGAGAAACUUUGCCCUCCAGGAGGGUAUAUUGGGGAAUUCGCAGGUAGACAUCAUGAGGAGCAUGUCUGUGGUUUCCCAAUGUGCGCUCCCAAUGGGUGUGUUUCCUCACUGCGAGCAUGCAUUCAUAACAUCAGUUGAAUAUUUUUACCAGUGAUCGUGGCCUUUAGGUAGUUAUUGAGUCAGACCUCAGUCACACCUAUAGCACAGGUGAAUUACCAGUCCUUCCAGCAUGUUAAAGAUGACUGUAAUUCUCUGUUGCCAAUGAGGUACUCCGGGAUCAUUUAUACUUGUUCUGUGUAUCAAGCUUAGAGAAAGAUUAACACAAUGUAAUAUUGGCAGAACCUCUGGACAAGAACUGAAUAUUUAUCACUUUUCUCAAAAGCACUCCGGGUCUUUGCUUUUCAGAACUGUAGAAGAAACCUUGAAGCCAGAUGCCCAGUUUGAACAGCAAGUGUUGGCAGGACAGACAACCACUGUCUUUUCUUUAAGAUUUGUUGCUAAGAAUUGGAUUGGUUAAGAUCAGGUGGACUUCACAGCACUUUGUUUCACUCACUUGCUUAAAUGGAAAAGCUUCUCCGAGCUCCAAGAUCAAACUGUUGAACAAAAAUGGUUCAAGCCACUUUGACAAGGCAUAAGGUUGACUGAACAAUCAUGUGUAACCCAGUCUCCCUGUAUAACCUGUGGUGAUACAGCGCAUGGGCCCCAGCACUAUUUGUACAACGGAAAGGACUCAGCUACCCAACCAGGUGACGGAGAUGAUGUAAAGCGUUCUUGUCGAACUAGA